AUGGAUCCCGUAAGCGCCACUCUUCUCAUCGGAGGGGCUACCGUUACCACCAUGGCGGCAGUUGGUAUCGGCACAAUCACCGCAGCGGCUGUUGGGGCAGGUGCAGCGGUCAAAACCUUGAGGAAUGAGAAAAAGCGCAUGAAGCUCCAGCAAGAGCAAGCGAAGCAAGCGACGCAGCGAGCAGAACUCGAGAUGCGCGAAAACAAGAUUGCGAUGGGCCAGCAUCCGAACCAGUCGAGCCUCACGACUCAUUCACCCCACUACCACCAGCCUCAGAUGUGCCAGCAAGCGGCACCGCCAGCCCUUCCGUAUGGUGGGUAUCAACCAUAUGCAGCGCCGCCAAUGGUACCAUACUACGUUAGUUAUGUCCCUGUACAACAUGGCCCUGUGCAACAUGUACCACCACAACUGGCUCCGUCCUACAGUGGUCACGGCCUUCCGCAACAUACGCCUCAGUCACUAGGAGGCUUGGGCCAGCAAUACCUGAUGACUCGACCGACCCAGCAAUUAGCUCUGGAGUACGAUAACGACCGCCCGCAUCAGAUACUGGCGUUAGAGUACCAUGGCGCUAAGCCUGAGACAUCGAGCUCCAAGGAUUGGACUUAA